AACAGGCCCAUUAGCUACAAACUACACAGACUUGUCAUCUGUAGACCACAUCAAUUGAAUAAAAUAUUUUAAAUAAUUAAAAAUACUUAACCUUCAAAAAAAUUAAAAAAUACUCCAUAAUAAUUAAAAAAUAUACCGACAAUAAAUUACAUCUUCCUUAAAAACGACACCUAAUUAGGGUUCAUAGACGUAUAAAAGGAUUUGAUAUCUUCGUCGUCGAACGGCAGGCGCAGAACGGCACGAAAUACAAUCCGCAGAAGAAGACCAAGGAGAGGAAGAAGAUGCCGAAGCAAAUCCACGAGAUAAAGGACUUCCUCCUGACGGCGAGGAGAAAAGAUGCCCGUUCAGUGAGGAUAAAGAAGAACAAGGACUCCGUCAAGUUCAAGGUCCGCUGCUCCAAGUAUCUCUACACCCUCUGCGUCUCCGACUUCGAGAAGGCCAAUAAGCUCAAGCAAUCCCUUCCUCCCGGUCUGAGCGUGCAAGAUCUGUGAGGAGAUGGUACGCUUCUUUGGAUGCUCGGCUUAUCUAUGGAGGUUUAUCUUUUUAUCCGCUCUUUAAUUCGAAAAAAGCAAAUGCGAAGUUGCCAGUUGAGUAUUUCAUGUAACUUUCUAUUUGAUUUCGAUAUGUCAUGGAUUUUGAUGCUAGAUUUUGUUCAAUUUUGUUGUUCACGAAGAGCAAUUUAUAGUGUUAGUGAACUUUCAGCCAAAAAGGAAUGGCUUUGCAAACAUCUAUGUGCCUUAAAUUUGCUAUUUCCUCUGCAUAAAGGAAACAAAACCGCAGUCUCUUAGGCUCCGUUUUGUACACGGAAUUCCAGCCGUGGAAUUGGAAUAAGAGAACAAAAUGUACAAGAAGACUAAUUCACAGUGCUUGUGUUUUUCUGCCGAAAAUGAAUGGUUUAAAUUUGU